AUUGCCUAUGGGAUCUUCCUGCUCGUCGAAGUUUUCUCUUCAUCCAACUCGUCUAUUUCUUUCCCAAGACCUCUUUUAGCGGAAAAUCCGGACAUUGUUAUUGGCACGCCAUUGAAAAUAUCCGAACAACUACUUAGAAAACAUCUCUUCCUCGAUGCUCUUGAGCACCUUGUUGUUGAUGAAGCCGACUUGAUCUUCGUUUUCGGAUAUGAGAAACAGAUGCAGGCGAUUCAGCCUUUCCUUCCAAAGAAGUCACUACAGAUUAUCCUGAUGUCCGCCACACUGGACGAGACGACUACUUCUUUGCGCACUUUCUUCAAACUUAAUGAGUGGAUUCGAAUCGAGUUACCUGACGAGAAUAUUCUUCCUUCUGAAUCUCAGCUCUCACAGUACAUAAUUAGUGCUGACGAGGCCUCAAAGUACGCCAUCCUUAUAUCCAUGAUUCAGCUUAAGCUGAUUCGUGGCAGGACAAUUAUUUUUACGAACUCCAUAGAUCGAUGCUAUAAACUUAAACUUUUUCUUGAGGAGUUUGGUGUCAAGUCAGUGGUACUCAAUUCUGAAUUACCUGUGGCAUCGAGAUGUCAUACCGUUCACCAAUUUAACAGAGGACUCUAUGACUACCUUUUGGCGACCGAUGAAAGUGACAGUGGUGGAGUCACGAAACCACUUAAAAGGAAUAAGUUGUGUGUGGCAGUCCUCAUUUUUAUUUAA